AUGUUUGUGUCCCGCAGGUUACGAAUCGUGGAGCUCACCCUCCCCAAGGUGUCCCUGAGGCUGCUGCCUGGGAUCGGCGUCCACCUGAACUUGUACACCAGGGUGGCCCUCAAUGGAAAGAGUCUCCUCGGUUUCCUUGACAUCGCCGUGGAGGUGAACAUCACGGCAAGGGUCAGGCUGACGAUGGACGGCACAGGCUACCCCAAACUGCGGGUAGAAAACUGCGAUGCCCUCCUCGGUAAUAUUAAAGUCAGACUCCUCCGAGGCUUGCUCCCCAUUGUGGAUAACUUGUUGGCACGGGUCCUGAACGGACUCCUUCCUGGCCUGCUCUGCCCCGUCGUGGACGUUGCCCUGGGACUCGUCAACGAUCAGCUGGGGCUCGUGAACUCCCUGGUGCCGCUGGGUAUACUGGGAAGUGUCCAGUACACCGUAUCGAGCCUUCCGCUAGUAACUGGCAAGUUCCUUGAAGUAGAUUUGAAUACUGUGGUCGGGAGCGUCGGAGGAGGCCUCCUUGACUACCCCCUGGGCAAGCCAGAAGCUGUCCCUAUGGCACCUGGGGUACCGAUGCGCCCCAGGGUACCAAUGGCACCUGGGGUACCGAUGGCACCUGGAGUACCGAUGCCACCCAGGGUACCGAUGCCACCCAGGGUACCAAUGGCACCUGGGGUACCGAUGCCACCCAGGGUACCGAUGCCAUCACUGCCGCCGAUGGAAGAUAAGACCUCCUCCCAGCUUGGCCUCUCCGUAAACUUCCUUAGCUCCGUGAUAGCUGUCCUGCAGAAACAAGGGGCUCUAGAUAUCGACAUCUCGGAUGGGAUGUUUCCUGAGCUCCCUCCAUUAACGACAUCGACUCUUGGAGCGUUGAUUCCUGCGGUUUUUCAGAAGUACCCCGAGCCCCAGGCACUGCUGCUGAAGGUCGUAGUCCCUGACGUUCCCACGGUGACUCUGGCCAAAGAUAAAGGCUUGAUACACCUCCUCGCGACUGCCGAACUGAUGGUCGCCCAACCCAGCGAUGCCUACAAGACCCUCUGCCGGCUCAAUAUCGAUGCUUCUCUGCUGGCCUGGUUCUCCGUGGAAGACAACAAGCUGAAGAUCAGCGUCAGCCUUGACAAGACUCGUCUCUCCUUGGCGUCCUCCACCCUCGGCAAUUUUGAUAUCUCACUUUUGGACGUGCUGGUUAGCAAGAUUUUUGACGUCGCCUUCCUGCCAGCGAUGAAUAGCAUUCUGGGAGAAGGCGUCCCUCUCCCCAAGCUGCUCAACACUGACUUCAACAACGCUGACAUCGAUGUCAUUGAAGAUCUCCUCGUGUUAUCCGCGUGAGCCCGUGAAGCCAGACUGGGAAAGAGUCCUGCGGACGUACGCCUCUCCCACUGGAAAGAGAAGCGAAGCCCAGUCCACCGGCGGGCCCCGGAGUGGGUCCCCUUCAUA